CAGGAUAAAGUUUCACAUCCUCCAGUCAUUUCUGCACGUCAUCCACCUAACCAUUGGCUACAUUCUGAUGCUGAUCGUCAUGACUUACAAUGCAUACUUCAGCAUUGCAAUUGUAGGUGGGGCAGGCCUUGGCUACUUCUUCUUUGCCCUAUUUGACCUGCCCAGCAAAAUUCUGGGGACUUCACGCACAGCGGUGAAAAAGCAAAGCACCAGCCAUGCGCAGGGAGCUGAAGUAGGGCUGCUGCAAGGGCAAGAGAAGACCUGCAAUCCAGCUGAGUCACAGACAGCGCUUUGCAGUCCGCAAGAACUCGCCGCCCGGGACCGAGGCGGUUGCACGAGCUCUGCCGCAUGCGGCAGCUGUGGCGAUUCUUCUUGUGGCGGUUGCACGCUGCAUAGACACCUGGACACCGUUGCCAUCCAAGCGCCUGAUACGUUCAAUCCUGUUUAAAUUCAGAGUCGGUGUUGUGAAUGCGUGGUAUUUGUGUGUAAUGUUUUUGAUGAUUCAAGCUGAUACUCAUAUAAGGGUUCCCAUCCUCACACAAAACAUUACCAGUUUUAGGUCUUUUUACUUGAAUGUGUGUUUCUGCAUCGCACAGAAAAAGUUGAACCUGUAUGUCAAUAGCUUUAGAAAGGUAGAAUAAUUAAACACAAUAUGAAUAGAGAAAUAAUUUUAUACAUAUUAGAUUUUACAUCAAAUACUGUACUAACUGUGGUUUAAUAAAGAGGAAAUGCAAG